AUGGACAUUGGAACUGUAGAGAACCGAUACAUGACCCAGAAGGUGGAGCCCCAAGAGGAUGCAUUCCAAGGCAGUGAUGAAUUCAGCUCAAGGCUUCAGUGUGGAGAGAACCCUAAUAAACCUUCCGGAUCCAAGGCUCCUGAAGAAUCCGAGGAUCCAAUGCAGGUUGAUGCUGCGACAUCUCAGCAGCAGAGGGAGCAUUGCCAAAAGAACAGACUGUGCUUCUACUACGGCAGCCCGCUCAUCAAGUAUGAUCCUGCCCUGCGAAAACAAAGGCAGAAAACUUCAUUGCCUGAGAGACGUUCAGGGAGGUCACUCAGAUGCACAGGCAUUUCCCGGGAACGCCUGUUAGAGAGAGGAUAUGAUGACCUCCGUUCACACGCGGACAAAAAGGUCAUCAUUCUUGAAAUCAUUGAUGAGCUGAGAAGGGUGCAAGGUGGGAAACACACCCCAUUGGCCAUGCUGAAGAAGUGGUCGGAUCUCAAGCGGCGGCAUCAUGAGAGAAUCCGCCAGAUCCGGGAUACUCACUGUCCAGGUGCUCGCCUUGCCUCUGUCAGACGCAGGCCUGCCAGUAGGGAUUCGUGGGAGGUGUCUGCGUCUGAGGGGGAGGAGCAGGAGCAGCCAGGGACCUCAGGGCCCACAAAUGCCCCUGCACCACCACAGGAGGAGGACGAGGCUGGACCUACUACAUCACCAAUUACAACUGAACCUCCUAAAACCACUAUAUCUCCAACAACUGAACCUCCCACAACCACUACAUCGCCGAUUGCAACUGAACCUUCCACAACUACUACAUCUCCAACAACUGAACCUCCCACAACCACCAUAUCUCCAACAACUGCAUCUCCCACAACCACCACAUCUCCAACAACUGAACUUCCAACAACAACUACAUCACCGACCACAACUGAACCUCUCACAACUACUACAUCUCCAACAACUGUACCUCCUACAUUAACUACAUCACCUAUUACCACUAAAUCUCCCACAACUACUACAUCUCCAACGACUGAACCUCCCACAAGUACUACCUCACCAACUUCAACUGAACCUACAACAACCACUAUAUCCCCAACAACCGAACCUCCCACAACUACUACAUCAACGACUACAACUGAACCUCCCACAACUACUACAUCACCCACUACCAAUAAAAAUCCCACAACUACUAUAUCACCCAUUACCACUGAACCUCCCACAACCAUUACAUCACCGACUACAACUGAACCUCCCACAACUACUACAUCUACAAGAACUGUACCUCCCACAACUAAGACAUCACUGACUACAACUGAACCUACCACAACCUAUAUAUCUCCAACAACUGAACCUCCCACAACCACUAAAUCACUGACUACAAUUGAAACUCCAACAACCUCUACAUCUCCAAAAACUGAAGCUCCCACAACCACUACAUCACUGACUACAACUGAAAUUCCCACAACAACUACAUCUCCAACAACAACUACAUCACCCAUUACGACUAAACCUCCCACAACUGCUACAUCUUCAACAACUGAACCUCCUACAACUAUAUCACCCAUUAGCACUGAAUCUCCCACAACCACUACAUCACUGACUACAACUGAAUUUCUCACAACAACUUCAUCUCAAACAACAACUACAUCACCCAUUACCAUUAAACCUCCCACAACUACUACAUCUCCAACAACUGAACCUCCUACAACUACAUCACUCAUUACCACUGAAUCUCCUACAACUACUACAUCUCCAACAACUGAACCUCCCACAAGUACUACAUCACCAACUACAACUGAACCUACCACAACCACUAUAUCCCAAACAACUAAACCUCCCACAACCACUAUAUCAACGACUACAACUGAACCUCCCACAACUACUACAUCACCCACUACCAAUGAACCUCCCACAACUACUAUAUCACCCACUACCACUGAACCUCCCACAACCACUACAUCACCGACUACAACGGAACCUCCCACAAUGACAAAAUCACUGACUACAACUGAACCUCCCACAACCUCUACAUCUCCAGCAACUGAACCUCCCACAACCACUACAUCACUGACUACAACUGAACCUCCCACAACCUCUACAUCUCCAACAACUGAACCUCCCACAACCACUACAUCACUGACUACAACUGCAAUUCCCACAACAGCUACAUCUCCAACAACAACUACAUCACCCAUUACCACUAAACCUCCUACAACUACAACAUCUCCAACAACUGAACAUCCCACAACUUCGAAAUCACUGGCUACAACUGAACUUACCACAACCUCUACAUCUCCAACAACUGAACCUCCCACAACCACUAAAUCACUGACUACAACUGAAAUUCCAACAACUACAUCUCCAACAACAACUACUUUACCCAUUACCACUAAACCUCCCACAACCUCUACAUCUCCAACAACUGAACCUCCUACAACUACAUCACCUAUUAGCACUGAAUCUCCCACAACCACUACAUCACUGACUACAACAAAAUUUCCCUCAACUACAUCUCCAACAAAAACUACAUCACCCAUUACCACUAAACCUCCCACAACUACUACAUCUCCAAAAACGGGACCUCCGACAACUACAUCACCCAUUACCACUGAAUCUCCCACAACUACUACCACUACAUCGCCGACUACAACUGAACCUCCCACAACUACUACAUCUCCAACAACUGAACCUUCCACAACCACUACAUCACUGACUACAACCGAAAUUCCCACAACAAUUACAUCUCCAACAACAACUACAUCACCCAUUACCACUAAACCUCCCACAUCCUAUAAAUCUCCAACAACUGAACCUCCGACAACUACAUCACCCAUUAGCACUGAAUCUCCCACAACCACUACAUCACUGACUACAACUGAAUUUCCCAAAGAAACUACAUCUCCAACAAAAACUACAUCACCCAUUACCACUAAACCUCCCACAACUAUUACUUCUCCAAAAACUGAACCUCCGACAACUACAUCACCCAUUACCACUGAAUCUCUCACAACUACUACAUCUCCAACAACUGAACCUCCCACAAGUACUAAAUCACCAUCUACAACGGAACCUCCUAAAACCACUUUAUCUCAAACAACUAAACCUCCCGCAACCAUAACAUCGCCGACUACAACUGAACCUCCCACAACUACUACAUCUCCAACAACUAAACCUCUCACAACCACCACAUCUCCAACAACUGAAUCUCCUACAACCACCAUAUCUCCAACAACUGAACAUCCCACAACAACUACAUCACCGACCCCAACUGAACCUCCCACAACUAAUACAUCUCCAACAAAGGUCCAUCCUACAUUAACUACAUCACCUAUUACCAAUAAAUCUCCCACAACUACUACAUCUCCAACAACUGAACCUACCACAAGUACUACAUCACCAACUACAUCUGAACCUACCACAACCACUAUAUCGCCAACAACUAAACCUCCCACAACCACUACAUCAACGACUACAACUGAACCUCCGACAACUACUCCAUCACCCACUACCAAAGAACCUCCCACAACUACUACAUCACCCACUACAACUGAAACUCCCACAACCACUACAUCAACGACAACAACUGAACCUCCCACAAGUACUACAUCUCCAACAACUGAACCUGCCACAACCACUAUAUCGCCAACAACUAAACCUUCCACAACCACUACAGCACCGACUGCAACUGAACCUCCCACAACUACUACAUCACAGACUACAACUGAAUCUCCCACAAUUGCUAGAUCUCCAACAACUGAACCUCCCACAACCACCACAUCUCCAACAACUGAACCUGCCUCAAGUACUACAUCACCAACUACAACUAAACCUCCCACAACUGCUAUAUCGCCAACAACGGAAACUCCCACAACCAAUACAUCGCCGACUACAACUGAACCUCCCACAACUAAUAGAUGUCCAAAGACUAAACCUCCCUCAACCACCACAUCUCCAACAACUGAAUCUCCCACAACCACAUCUCCAACAACUGAACCUCCCACAACAACUACAUCACCGACCACAACUAAACCUUCCACAACUACUAUAUCUCCAACAACUAAACCUCCUACAUUAACAACAUCACCCAUUACCACUGAAUCUCCCUCAACUACUACAUCUCCAACUACUAAACCUCCCACAACCACUACAUCACCAACUACAACUGAACCUCCCACAACGAAAACAUCACCAACUAGAAAUGAACCUCCCACAACCACUAUAUCAACAACAACUGAACCAUCCACAACCACUACAUCGCCAACUACAACUGAAUCUCCCACAACUACUAAAUGUCCAAAGAAUGAACAUCCCACAUUAACGAAAUCACCGACCUCAACUGAACCUCCCACAACAGCUACAUCACUGACUACAACUGAAUUUCUCACAACUACUAAUUCUCCAACAACUUUAUCACCUAUUACAACUGAACAUCCCACAACUACUACAUAUCCAACAACUGAACCUCCUACAACAACUACAUCACCAAUUACCACAGAAUCUCCCACAACUACUACAUCUCCAACAACUGAACCUGCCACAAGUAAAACAUCACCAACUACAACUGAACCUCCCACAACCACUAUAUCUCCAAUAACUGAACAUCCCACAACCACUACAUCGCCUAAUACAAAUGAAUCUCCCACAACUGCUAACUGUCCAAAGAAUGUACAUCCCACAACAACUACAUCAGCGACCACAACUGAACCUCCCACAACAGCUACAUCACUGACUACAACUAAAGUUCCCACAACUACUACAUCUCCAACAACAUUUACAUCAAAUGUUACUACUGAACCUCCCACAACUACUACAUCUCCAACAACUGUACCUUCUACAACAACUACAUCACCUAUUACCACUGAAUCUCCCACAACUACUUCAUCUCCAAAAACUGAACCUGCCACAAGUAAAACAUCAUUAACUACAACUGAACCUCCCACAACCACUAUAUCACCAACAACUGAACCUCAUACAACUGCUACAUCGCCGACUACAACUGAAUUUCCCACAACUACUACAUCUCCAACAUCUGAACCUGCCACAAGUACAACAUCACCAACUACAAAUGAACCUCCCACAACCACUAUAUCACCAACAACUGAACCUCCCACAACCGCUACAUCGCCGACUAAAACUGAAUCUCCCACAACUACCAAAUGUCGAAAGAAUGAACAACCUACAACAACUACAUCACCGACCACAACUGAACCUCCCACAACAGCUACAUCACUGGCUACAACUGAAUUUCCCACAACUACUAAUUAUCCAACAAAAACUUUAUCACCUAUUACCACUGAACAUCCCACAACUACUACAUCUCCAACAACUGAACCUGCCACAAGUAAAACAUCACCAACUAGAACUGAACCUCCCACAACCAAUAUAUCACCAACAACUGAACCUCCCACAACCACUACAUCGCCGACUACAACUGAAUCUCCCACAACUACUAAAUGCCGAAAGAAUGAACAUCCCACAAUAACUACAUCACCGACCACAACUGAACCUCCCACAACAGCUACAUCACUGGCUACAACUGAAUUUCCCACAACUACUAAUUAUCCAACAAAAACUUUAUCACCUAUUACCACUGAACAUCCCACAACUACUACAUCUCCAACAACUGAACCUCCUACAACAACUACAUCACCCAUUACUACUGAAUCUCCCACAACUACUACAUCUCCAACAACUGAACCUGCCACAAGUAAAACAUCACCAACUACAACUGAACCUCCCACAACCACUAUAUCACCAACAACUGAACCUCCCACAACCACUACAUCGCCGACUACAACUGAAUCACCCACAACUACUAAAUGUCGAAAGAAUGAACAAACCACAACAACUAUAUCACCGACCACAACUGAACCUUCCACAACAGCUACAUCACUGACUACAACUGAAUUUCCUACAACUACUACAUCUCCAACAACUUCAUCACUUAUUACCACUGAACAUUCCACAACUACUACAUCUCCAACAACUGAACCUCCUACAACAACUACAUCACCCAUUACCACUGAAUCUCCCACAACUACUGCAUCUCCAACAACUGAACCUGCCACAAGUAAAACAUCACCAACUACAACUGAACCUCCCACAACCACUAUAUCACCAACAACUGAACCUCACACAACUACUACAUCGCCUACUAAAACUGAAUCUCCCACAACUGCUAAAUGUCCAAAGAAUGAACAUCCCACAACUACAUCACCGACCACAACUGAACCUCCCACAACAGCUACAUCACUGAUUACAACUAAAUUUUACACAACUACUACAUCUCCAACAAAUACAUCACCUAUUACCACUGAACCUCCCACAACUACUACAUCUCCAACAACUGAACCUCCUAAAACAACUACAUCACCUAUUACCACUGAAUCUCCCACAACUACUACAUCUCCAAAAACUGAACCUACUACAAGAAAAACAUCAUUAAGUACAAGUGAACCUCCCACAACUACCAUAUCACCAUCAACUGAACCUCCCACAACCACUACAUCGCCGACUACAACUGAAUCCCCCACAACUACUACAUCUCCAACAACUGUACCUGCCACAAGUAUAACAUCACCAACUACAACCGAACCUCCCACAACCACUAUAUCAUUAACAACUGAACCUCCCACAACCACUAUAUCGCCGACUACAACUGAAUCUCCCACAACUACUAAAUGUCGAAAGAAUGAACAACCCACAACAACUACAUCACCGACCACAACUGAACCUCCCACAACAGCUACAUCACUGACUACAACUGAAUUUCCCACAACUACUACAUUUCCAACAACUUCAUCACCUAUCACCACUGAACAUCCCACAACCACUACAUCUCCAACAACUGAACCUCCUACAACAACUACAUCACCCAUUACCACUGAAUCUCCCACAACUACUACAUCUCCAAUAACUGAACCUGCCACAAGUAAAACAUCACCAACUACAACUGAACCUCCCAAAACCACUAUAUCACCAACAACUGAACCUCCCACAACAACUACAUCGCCGACUACAACUGAAUCUCCCACAACUACUAAAUGUCGAAAGAAUAAACAACCCACAACAACUACAUCACCGACCACAACUGAACCUCCCACAACAGCUACAUCACUGACUACAACUGAAUUUCCCACAACUACUACAUCUCCAACAACUUUAUCACCUAUUACCACUGAACAUCCCACAACUACUACAUCUCCAACAACUGAACCUCCUACAACAACUACAUCACCCAUUACCACUGAAUCUCCCACAACUACUACAUCUCCAGCAACUGAACCUGCCACAAGUAAAACAUCACCAACUACAACUGAACCUCCCACAACCACUAUAUCACCAACAACUGAACCUCCCACAACCACUACAUCGCCGACUACAACUGAAUCACCCACAAAUACUAAAUGUCGAAAGAAUGAACAAACCACAACAACUAUAUCACCGACCACAACUGAACCUUCCACAACAGCUACAUCACUGACUACAACUGAAUUUACCACAACUACUACAUCUCCAACAACUUCAUCACUUAUUACCACUGAACAUUCCACAACUACUACAUCUCCAACAACUGAACCUCCUACAACAACUACAUCACCCAUUACCACUGAAUCUCCCACAACUACUACAUCUCCAACAACUGAACCUGCUACAAGUAUAACAUCACCAACUACAACUGAACCUCCCACAACCACUAUAUCAUUAACAACUGAAUCUCCCACAACCACUAUAUCGCCGACUACAACUGAAUCUCCCAAAACUACUAAAUGUCGAAAGAAUGAACAACCCACAACAACUACAUCACCGACCACAACUGAACCUCCCACAACAGCUACAUCACUGACUACAACUGAAUUUCCCACAACUACUACAUCUCCAACAACUUCAUCACCUAUUACCACUGAACAUCCCACAACUACUACAUCUCCAACAACUGAACCUCCUACAACAACUACAUCACCCAUUACCACUGAAUCUCCCACAACUACUACAUCUCCAAUAACUGAACCUGCCACAAGUAAAACAUCACCAACUACAACUGAACCUCCCACAACCACUAUAUCACCAACAACUGAACCUCCCACAACAACUACAUCGCCGACUACAACUGAAUCUCCCACAACUACUAAAUGUCGAAAGAAUGAACAAACCACAACAACUAUAUCACCGACCACAACUGAACCUUCCACAACAGCUACAUCACUGACUACAACUGAAUUUCCCACAACUACUACAUCUCCAACAACUUCAUCACUUAUUACCACUGAACAUUCCACAACUACUACAUCUCCAACAACUGAACCUCCUACAACAACUACAUCACCCAUUACCAAUGAAUCUCCCACAACUACUGCAUCUCCAACAACUGAACCUGCCACAAGUAAAACAUCACCAACUACAACUGAACCUCCCACAACCACUAUAUCACCAACAACUGAACCUCACACACCUACUACAUCGCCUACUAAAACUGAAUCUCCCACAACUGCUAAAUGUCCAAAGAAUGAACAUCCCACAACUACAUCACCGGCCACAACUGAACAUCCCACAACAGCUACAUCACUGAUUACAACUAAAUUUCACACAACUACUACAUCUCCAACAACUACAUCACCUAUUACCACUGAACCUCCCACAACUACUACAUCUCCAACAACUGAACCUCCUAAAACAACUACAUCACCUAUUACCACUGAAUCUCCCACAACUACUACAUCUCCAAAAACUGAACCUACUACAAGAAAAACAUCAUUAAGUACAACUGAACCUCCCACAACUACCAUAUCACCAUCAACUGAACCUCCCACAACCACUACCUCGCCGACUACAACUGAAUCCCCCACAACUACUACAUCUCCAUCAACUGAACCUGCCACAAGUAUAACAUCACCAACUACAACCGAACCUCCCACAACCACUAUAUCAUUAACAACUGAACCUCCCACAACCACUAUAUCGCCGACUACAACUGAAUCUCCCACAACUACUAAAUGUCGAAAGAAUGAACAACCCACAACAACUACAUCACCGACCACAACUGAACCUCCCAAAACAGCUACAUCACUGACUACAACUGAAUUUCCCACAACUACUACAUCUCCAACAACUUCAUCACCUAUUACCACUGAACAUCCCACAACUACUACAUCUCCAACAACUGAACCUCCUACAACAACUACAUCACCCAUUACCACUGAAUCUCCCACAACUACUACAUCUCCAACAACUGAACCUGCCACAAGUAAAACAUCACCAACUACAACUGAAACUCCCACAACCACUAUAUCACCAACAACUGAACCUUCCACAACCACUACAUCGCCGACUACAACAGAAUCUCCCUCAACUACUAAAUGUCGAAAGAAUAAACAACCCACAACAACUACAUCACCGACCACAACUGAACCUCCCACAACAGCUGCAUCACUGACUACAACUGAAUUUUCCACAACUACUACAUCUCCAACAACUUCAUCACUUAUUACCACUGAACAUCCCACAACUACUGCAUCUCCAACAACUGAACCUGCCACAAGUAAAACAUCACCAACUACAACUGAACCUCCCACAACCACUAUAUCACCAACAACUGAACCUCACACACCUACUACAUCGCCUACUAAAACUGAAUCUCCCACAACUGCUAAAUGUCCAAAGAAUGAACAUCCCACAACUACAUCACCGGCCACAACUGAACAUCCCACAACAGCUACAUCACUGAUUACAACUAAAUUUCACACAACUACUACAUCUCCAACAACUACAUCACCUAUUACCACUGAACCUCCCACAACUACUACAUCUCCAACAACUGAACCUCCUAAAACAACUACAUCACCUAUUACCACUGAAUCUCCCACAACUACUACAUCUCCAAAAACUGAACCUACUACAAGAAAAACAUCAUUAAGUACAACUGAACCUCCCACAACUACCAUAUCACCAUCAACUGAACCUCCCACAACCACUACCUCGCCGACUACAACUGAAUCCCCCACAACUACUACAUCUCCAUCAACUGAACCUGCCACAAGUAUAACAUCACCAACUACAACCGAACCUCCCACAACCACUAUAUCAUUAACAACUGAACCUCCCACAACCACUAUAUCGCCGACUACAACUGAAUCUCCCACAACUACUAAAUGUCGAAAGAAUGAACAACCCACAACAACUACAUCACCGACCACAACUGAACCUCCCAAAACAGCUACAUCACUGACUACAACUGAAUUUCCCACAACUACUACAUCUCCAACAACUUCAUCACCUAUUACCACUGAACAUCCCACAACUACUACAUCUCCAACAACUGAACCUCCUACAACAACUACAUCACCCAUUACCACUGAAUCUCCCACAACUACUACAUCUCCAACAACUGAACCUGCCACAAGUAAAACAUCACCAACUACAACUGAAACUCCCACAACCACUAUAUCACCAACAACUGAACCUUCCACAACCACUACAUCGCCGACUACAACAGAAUCUCCCUCAACUACUAAAUGUCGAAAGAAUAAACAACCCACAACAACUACAUCACCGACCACAACUGAACCUCCCACAACAGCUGCAUCACUGACUACAACUGAAUUUUCCACAACUACUACAUCUCCAACAACUUCAUCACUUAUUACCACUGAACAUCCCACAACUACUACAUCUCCAACAACUGAACCUCCUACAACAACUACAUCACCCAUUACCACUGAAUCUCCCACAACUACUACAUCUCCAACAACUGAACCUGCCACAAGUAAAACAUCACCAACUACAACUGAACCUCCCACAACCACUAUAUCACCAACAACUGAGCCUCCCACAACCACUACAUCGACGAAUACAACUGAAUCUCCCACAACUACUAAAUGUCGAAAGAAUGAACAUCCCACAACAACUACAUCACCGACCACAACUGAACCUCCCACAACAGCUACAUCACUGACUACAACUGAAUUUUCCACAAUUACUACAUCUCCAACACCUUUAUCACUUAUUACCACUGAACAUCCCACAACUACUACAUCUCCCACAACUGAACCUCCUACAACAACUACAUCACCCAUUACCACUGAAUCUCCCACAACUACUACAUCUCCAACAACUGAACCUGCCACAAGUAAAACAUCACCAACUGCAACUGAACCUCCCACAACCACUAAAUCUCCAACAACCAAACCUCCCACAACCACUACAUCACCUACUACAACUGAAUCUCCCACAACUACUAAAUGUCGAAAGAAUGAACAUCCCACAACAACUACAUUACCGACCACAACUGAACCUCCCACAACAGCUACAUCACUGACUACAACUGAAUUUCCCACAGCUACAUCUCCAACAACAACUUUAUCACCUAUUGCCACUGAAGAAUCCAAAACUACUACAUCUCCAACAACUAAACCUACUACAACAACUAUAUCGCCAACAACUGAACCUCUCAUAACCACUACAUCGCUGACUACAACUGAAACUCCCACAAUUACUAUAUCUCUAACAACUGAACCCCCUACAUUAACUACAUCACCAAUUACUGCUAUAUCUCGUACAACAACUGAACCUACCACAAGUACUACAUUACCAAGUUCAACUGAAUCUCCCACAACCACUAUAUCGCCAACAGCUGAACCUCCCACAAGUACUACAUCACUAACUACAACUGAACCUCCCACAGCCACUAUAUCGCCAACAACUGAAACUCACAUAACCACUACAUUGCCGACUACAACUGAACCUCACACAACUACUAUAUCUCCAACAACUGAACCUCCCACAACUACGACAUCACAAACUACAAAUGAUCCUCUCACAACCACUACAUCUCCAACAACAACUACAUCACCCAUUACUACUGAAUCUCCCACAACUACUACAUCAUCCACUACCACUGAACCUCCCACAAAUUUUACAUCUCCAUCAACUGAACCUCCCACAACUACGACAUCACCAACUACAAACAAACCUCCCACAACAGCUAUAUCCCCAACAACUGCACCUCCCACAACUACUACAUCACCCACUAUCACUAAUUCUCCCACAACCACUUCAUCACCAACUACAACUGAACCUUCCACAACUACUAUAUCUCCAACAAUUGAACCUCCUACAACUACGACAUCACAAACUACAAAUGAACCUCUCACAACCACUACAUCUCCAACAACAACUACAUCACCCAUUACUACUGAAUCUCCCACAACUACUACAACCACUUCAUCACCGACUACAACUGAACCUCCAACAACUACUACAUAUCCAACAAAUGAACCUCCCACAACUACAACAUCACCAACUACAAGUGAACUUCUCACAACCACAUCACCGACUACAACUGAUUCUGCCACAACUACUACAUCAUCCUCUACCACUGAACCUCCCAAAACUACUACAUCACUGACUACAACUGAACCUCCCUCAACCAGUACAUCUCCAACAACUACAUCAGCCAUUACCACUGAAACUCCCACAACUACUACCUCCCCAACAACUAAACCUUCCACAACAACUACAUCACCGAAUACAGCUGAAUCUUCCACAACUACUACAUCAUCCACUACCACUAAACCUCACACAACUACUAAAUCUCCAACAACUGAACCUCCCACAACAACUACAUCAACUAUUACCACUGAAUCUCCUACAACUACGCUAUCUCCAACAACUGAACCUCCCACAUCUACUUCAUCACCCAAUACCACUUACCCUCCCACAACCACUUUAUCACCGAGUACAACUGAACCUCCCACAACUACUAAAUCUCCAACAACUGAACCUUCCACAACUACUCCAUCUCCAACAACUGAACUUCCCACAAUAACUAUAUCACCGACUACAACUAAAUCUCCCACAAUUACUACAUCAUCCCCUACCACUGAUCCUCCCAUAAUUACUACAUAUCCAACAACAACAAAAUCACCCAUUUCCACUGAAUUUCCCACAACUACUACAUCUCCAACAACUGAACUUCCCACAACCACAACAUCACUAACUAUAACUGAACCUUCCAAAAGCACUAUAUCCCUAACAACUGAACCUCUCACAACCACUACAUCGCCGACUACAACUGAACCUCUCACAACUACUACAUCUCCAACAACUGAAUCUCCCACAGCUACUACAUCACCCACUACCACUGAACCUCCCACAAUUACUUCUUCACCAACUACAACUGAAACUCCCAUAACUACUACAUUUCCUACAACUGAACCUCCCACAACCACUACAUCUCUAACAACUGAAGCUCCCACAAUAAUUACAUCGCCAACUACAACAGAAUCUCCCACAUCUACUACAUCUCCAUCGACUGAACGUCCCAUAACUACAUCACUGACUACAACUCAACCUCCCACAAUAACUACAUCACUGACUGCAACUGAGUCUCCUACAACUAUCACAUCUCAAACAUCAACUACAUCACCCAUUACCACUGAACCUCCGACAACUACUACAUCUCCAACAAAUCAACCUCCCACAACUACGACAUCAAUGACUACAACUGUACAUCCCACAACCACUACAUCUCCAGCUGAACCUCCUACAACUACAACAUCACCAACUUCAACUGAACUCCCCACAACCACUACAUCAUCCACUAUCACUGUACCUCCCACAAUUACUACAUCUCUAACAACUGAACCUCCUAAGACAACUACAUCACUUACUACAACUGAACCUCCCACAGACACUGCAUCUUCAACAACUACAUCACCCAUUACCACUGAACCUCCUACAACUAUUACAUCUCCAACAAGCACUACAUCAACAACUACAACUGAAUCUCCUUCAACUACUACAUCAUCCACUACCACUGAACCUCCAUCAACUACUACAUCUCCAAAAACUGAACAUCCCACAACAACUACAUCACCCAUUUCCAUUGAAUAUCUCACAACUACUACAUCUUCAACAACUCAACUUCCCACAACUACUCCAUCUACAACUACAACUGAACCUCCCACAACCACUAUAUCUUCAACAACUGAACCUCCCACAACUAAUACAUCGUCGACUACAACUAAACCUCUCACAUUUACUACAUCUCCAGCAACUGAACCUUCCACAACAACUACAACAGACACUACCACUGAACCUCCCACAGCCAAUACAUCUCCGACUUCAACUGAAUCUCCCACAACUACUUCAUCUCUAACAACAACUACAUCACCCAUUAACACUGAACCUCUCACAACUACUACAUUUCCAACAAAUGAACCUCCCACAACUUUGACACCACUGACUACAACUGAUCCUCCCACAACCACUACAUCUCCAACAACUGAACCUCCCACAACUAUGACAUCACCAACUACAACUAAACCUCCCACAACCACUACAUCACCGACUACAACUGAAUCUCCCACAACUACUACAUCAUUCACUACCACUGAACCUCCCACAACUACUACAUCUCCAACAACUGAACCUCCAAUGACAACUACAUCACCGAAAACAACUGAACUUCACACAACCACUACAUCUCCAACAACAACUACAUCUCUUAUUACCACUGAACCUACCACAACUGUAUCCCCAACAACUGAAACUUCCAUAACCACUACAUCGCUGACUUCAUCUGAACCACUCAAAUCUACUACAUCUCCAACAACUGAAACUCCCACAACUACUGAAUCACCCACUAACACUGAACCUCCCACAACCACUACAUCACUGACUACAACUGAACUUCCCACAACUACUACAUCUCCAACUGAACCUCCCACAACAACUACAUCAUUGACUACAACUGAAUCUUCGACAACUACUACAUUAUCCACUACCACUGAACCUCACACAACUACCUUAUCUCCAACAACUAAACCUCCAAUGACAACUACAUCACCGACUACCACUGAACCUCCCACAACUACUUCAUCUCCAAAAACUAAAUCACCCAUUACCACUGAACCUCCCAAAACUUCGACAUCACCAACUUCAACUGAACCUCCCACAACCACUACAUCAUCUACUAUCACUGUACCUCCCACAACUACUACAUCUUCAACAACUGAACCUCCCAAGACAACUAUAUCUCUGACUACAACGGAACCUCCUACAGCCAAUGCAUCUCCAACAACAACUACAUCAGCCAUUACCACUGAACCUCCCACAACUACUACAUCUCCAACAUCUGAACCUCCGACAACAACUACAUCACCGACUACAACUGAAUCUACUACAACUACUACAUCAUCCACUACCACUGAACCUCCCACAACUUCAACAUCUCCAACAACUGAACUUCCCACAACUACUACAUCACCAACUACAACUGAACCUCUCACAACCACUGUAUCCCCAACAAUUGAACCUUUCACGUCCACUACAUCGCUUACUUCAACUGAACCUCUCACAACUACUACAUCUCCUGCAACUGAACCUCCCACAACCACUACUUCUCAAGCAAAUGAACCUCCUACAACUACUAGAUCACCGACUACAACUGAACCUCCCACAACUACUCCAUCAUCCACUACCACUGAAUCUCCUACAACUACUACAUCAACAACUGAACCUCUCACAAUAUCUACAUCGCCAACUACAACUGAACCUCCCAUAACUACUACAUCAUCCACUACCACUAAACAUCCUACAACUACUGCAUCUCCAACAACUGAACUUCCCACAACUAUAUCACUGACUACAACUGAACUUCCAACAACUACUGCAACACCUAGUGCAAAUACCACUGCAACUACUGCAGCCACCUCUAUAGCUGAAACUAGUGAAGCAGCUACUACUACUACUACUACUACCACCACCACUACCUUUAUUACUACUGCCAACACUACUACUACAGUCUUUGCUACAGAAACCACAUCACUUAUUAAUGUUGCUGCUCCUGAAGAAGUGCCGAAUUGGGGCAUCGCCCUGCUUACCUUGGUCUUAACUACUCCAUCAUCCACUACCACUGAAUCUCCUACAACUACUACAUCACCGACUACAACUGAACCUCCCACAACUACUACAUCAACAACUGAACCUCUCACAAUAUCUACAUCGCCAACUACAACUGAACCUCCCAUAACUACUACAUCAUCCACUACCACUGAACAUCCUACAACUACUACAUCACCGACUACAACUGAACCUCCCACAACUACUACAUCAACAACUGAACCUCUCACAACUACUACAUCAACAACUGAACCUCUCACAAUAUCUACAUCGCCAACUACAACUGAACCUCCCAUAACUACUACAUCAUCCACUACCACUGAACAUCCUACAACUACUGCAUCUCCAACAACUGAACCUCCCACAACUAUAUCACUGACUACAACUGAACUUCCAACAACUACUGCAACACCUAGUGCAAAUACCACUGCAACUGCUGCAGCCACCUCUAUAGCCGAAACUAGUGAAGCAGCUAUUACUACUACUACUACCACCACCACUACCUUUAUUACUACUGCCAACACUACUACUGCAGUCUUUGCUACAGAAACCACAUCACUUAUUAAUGUUGCUGCUCCUGAACAAGAAAAUGAAAUGACACAGAGAUACGAGAAUAAUUUCUGA